CUCGAAACAAGAUUUUGGUGCACCACGAGACCUGGAAUCAAUAUACAUUCUCUCUAGCGCAUGAUGUCAACUGUGCAAUCUCCACGCACACUUGGCUGCAAACAUGAGCGACGAAGUCCUUGUUCACAUCUCUACCCCUGCAACACGCCAGAACGACCAGCUCUUUCGAGAUCUUGCGAAUGCUUACAUCGAUUUUUCACCUCGUCAGAUUCAACGCGAUAAACCAGUGCGGAAAAGAGCUAGCGUAAAUCAGACGAUCGAACGGCAGCCGAAAACCUCACCUACGAGAGGCAGGACCAGUGCAAACGGAGGAGCCACCAACACAUCCGCACUCACAGCCAGCAAAGAGUCGUACGGUAGCUUUCCAUCUGAUGUACCCGCCGACGAACAUCAUCUGGAUCAGGAUGCGUCAGUGCGGCCAAUCAGCCGCUUGGCUCAACUCGACCGGAGCUACCUAAGUUGGCGGAGACGUGCGACCCCCAAGUCGAGCUUUGCGCGAAGCGAGGCAGAGCUGCAGACGAGUUCUGAUGGUCUCGGCGCCGACACUGGCUUCAUCGAAGAUUCGCAAUCGGCAUUGCAGGCUCUGCAAAGUCAAUUACAGGAAACCUACUCAACAACUUCUGCAGAUACGUCCGAUGUCGAUGAUGGUGAAGAUGAGGACUUUGCCCAACCCUCCGACCGGUCUACUCACGGACUCAGUCUAGAUCGAUUACAAAAGAGUAAGAUAGCUGAGGAAAAAUCGUUGCCAGCCCCGGUGGAGGACGAUGCUCAGAACGACAUGGAUAUUAGCAUGUUAUAUGAGGCUGCGAACCUGCCCAGUCACGCGACUCCAACCCUUCGCAAUGGACUUCAGAUCACCACAGACGAGGUGGACUUUUCAAAGCUUUCAAUCAAUGCGUUCCCGCCCCCGCCAGUCAUAUCAGUGGCGCGCCCUGAAGCUCUACCUUCACAAAUUACAAAGCAUCUCGCAGUAAUUAAGACCAAGAAUCCGACUCGCUUCGAACCACUCAACAUACGGAGAAACUUACAGAGCGAUGAGCGUGGCUUCUGGCGUGUCGAUUGCACGCGGUGGUCCUCCAAUGCACAACGCGAUCUUUGGUUGUCACUUUGCGAGUAUGUUUGCAGCGGUCUGCUGGGCUGGGCAACAACACUGCAUCGAGAGAAUGGGGCUCAAGAAUCAUUGGGAGUCUUUCGACUCUACUGCUGGGGAGAGGUUGUAGAGCAUACGUGGCUGCUCCUUUGGCUGUGUUCGAAAGGCAAGGCGUCUGGAACUGGGUCAAAGUGGGUUGAUGCCAAUGGCAUUGUGGUCAUCGAAAUGUUUUGAAGACUGACCACCAAGUCGAAUAUAACAACUGCUUAGCUUUGGAUCAACGAUAUAGUUAUUCUGACA